AUGGAUUCUGCAGUGCGCGAUUCGCCCGUGGUAAUGCGCCCAACACCCGUCCAGCUCGACGAUGGCUUUGUGCUCGUCGUCAGCAUUGGUGUCGUUGCAGGCCUCACCCUCUUUGUCCUUCUCCAAGCGCUCCAGGCGCUCAAGGAGGCCCUCCGAUCACGAGAGAUGCAGGAAAGGCUAUCCACUCUCCCACUGUACACAAAGUAUGGUGCAUUCCUGCUCAACCCUGCAGACGAACGAAACGGAUACACCGAAGAGGAUAUGCAGAGAAUGAAUGCAGGUCUCACGACGGGCAAGGGCGGCCCAAGACUUCCUCCUCCAAUCCCGCGACGUGCCUCCAGACGUCGCUUAUUGUCCCCUCAGCCCACUACUACCAAUACCGAAUCGAGUAGUGGCUCCAGUGGUGCAGAAGGGAGACCAGAGACACCACGAAGGCCCCAGCUCGAAUCGACUGUGAGCUUUGGCCAGCAAUCCGCUCGCUCGCAUUGGCUUGGUCCCCACCGUUGCCAGUUUACGCUCUCACCAGAGGAGAUUGUGACUUCGGAAGAUGAUAGUGGCGACGAGAGUGAUACAUCCUCCACGGCCACAUUUUCGCAUCCGUAUUUCCCUCAUCACGCCCCGCAACAUCAUUCACAUCAUUUGCCUCAUCAUGGAGAUGCCAAAGGUGGCAAGGAAAAGUAUCCGUACGCUCAGGGUAUCGUACAUUACCCCAAGAGAAGAGAAUCGUUUAGCAAUGGGCGGAAUCAUCGACGAAGACCAGGUGUCUACCUCGACCUCGACUUGCCGGUCCAGUCUACUCACCAUGGAGAAGAGGAAGAGAGUGAAUCUGGGCUCGUCUCAGAUGCGACCAUGGUCGCUUCGGCACCAAAGUCGGACAAGUUUACUCCUUCACACAAGAAGAAGAACCAAGACGAAGGCGACUAUUUCUCUUACGUACCCAAACGUUCACUCCCGCCACCCGUACCGAUGCAAAUGACUCGAAUCUGCGUCGUGUACGACGACACGUCGUCCAACGACGGAAACUCUUCCAACGAAGCCACUUCAAGCUCGAAUUCGGACGAUGCGAGGGCUGGAGGGAGAAAAUUUGCAGAAGAAAGACGACGUGCGGCGCUCAAUGCUGCGCUCGACGAGGCCAAUGCCAUGGUCUCGGCAUGGAAGGAAUACGAAUACACCCCACGCAGACAUCAGCGACGCACCCAACCCCAAUCUCGACCUCUAGCAUCCGAGCAGCCUGCAGCUAGUACUUUGGUUGCCGUAUAA